CUUAUAUUUGUACUCUUUUCUCAAAAUUCCUCAGAAAGCUUCAAUCCACAAUUACUCAAAAGUCCAUUCCUUCUCUUAGCAAAAGUUUAGAUCUUGUUUUCAAUCCUCUUCAACUCCCCAUUUGUUUUUCUCCUUCCUCCUUUCUUACCCUUCCCUCUAACUCCAACAAAUCAACCAAAAUUCUUCUCCUCGCUUCCAAUAAACAAAUACCCAAAGAUAAGAAUAGCUCCUCUUUUUCUUUGUUGUUAUAUUGUUAUUAAGCAGUUGAGAGAUGAUGGAGUCCAAAUGGUUGUGGAUAUUGUUCACUGUGUUGUUGCUAGAAGGAUGGUUGUGUACUGAUGCGUGUUGGGAGCAUGAGAGAAUUGCUCUCUUGCAACUCAAACCUUUCUUCAGUCCUUAUAUUGAUCUGAACAACUGGGUGGAGGUGAAGGGUUCCGAUUGUUGUCAAUGGACAAGGGUUGAGUGCAACACCACCACCAGGCGAGUGAUAGGACUCUCUCUUAAUUAUACAAGGUGGAGAGAAGAUCAUUGGUAUCUUAAUGCUUCUUUGUUUCUCCCCUUCAAGGAAUUGCAGAGUCUUUCUUUGCAAGGGAAUAGCAUAGCUGGUUUCGUUGAAUAUGAAGGUCUUGCAAAGCUAUCAUCUAAAUUGAGUGAUUUGGAGAUCCUUGACUUAAGCUACAAUUACCUCAAUGAUAGCAUAUUAUUAUCUUUGAGUGAGCUUUCCUCUCUCAUGUAUUUAAAUCUAGCCGGCAGCAUGUUCACAGGAUCUAGUCAUGCAAACGGUUUUGAAUCGCUUUCAAGACUUCAUAAUUUGGAAGUUCUUGAUUUAAGUGGGAACUCUUUGAAGAAUGACAUCCUGGUACAUAUGGGCAGUCUUUCAUCUUUAAAGACUUUAGAUUUGGGCAGCAAUAAAUUAAAAGGAACGGUUCAUCUUCAAGAAUUGAAUAAUUUGACAAACUUGAAGAACUUGAAUUUAGAGGGCAACUAUAUUGAAUGCCUCCAACCAUUAUACCAAGGAAAUGAAACACAACUGAAGUUGACCAAUUUGGAGGUACUUGACUUGAGUUUUAAUCUCUUUAGCAACAACACAUUUGCAUUCCUUCCUGAGCUUUCGAGUUUAAAGACCUUGUAUAUGUGGAGCAAUCAAUUGCAAGGCUCCAUAGACAUUGCAGGAUUGAAUAAUUUGAUAAACUUGAAGAAGUUGUAUUUAAGAGGGAAUAAAAUUGAAAGCCUUCAAUCCUUCCGAGAUAAUGGAAGACAGCUGAAGUUGACCCAUUUAGAAGAGCUUGAUUUGAGUGAUAAUCUUUUUAACAACAGCAUCUUUGCAUCCCUUAAAGGGCUUUCAAAUCUGAAGUCAUUGCGUAUAAAUUACAAUAAGUUAAAAGGAUCAAUAGAUAUGAAAGACUUAGGUGCUUUUACCAACUUAGAGGAACUAUAUAUGAGUGAUAACGAGCUGAACGAAUUGGUUACCCAUAAAGGUUGGUGUGAUUUACGGAACCUUAAACAAUUAGACAUCAGUGUAAAUGCACUUCAGGGCCUUCCUUCAUGUUUGGGUAACUUGACAUCCCUUCGUGUCUUGGAUAUCUCUGACAAUCAAUUCACUGGAAAUUUGACUCCUUUAGCAAAUCUCACAUCACUUAAAUUCCUCUCCAUUUCAAGAAAUCACUUUCAAGUACCGCUAUCGUUCAUAUCACUUGCAAACCUCACUGACCUCAAGAUUCUCCUGAGUGAUGAAAACAAGUUGGUAAUGGAACCAGUCUUCCAUACAUCAGUCCCAAAGUUCCAAUUGAAUAUCAUCAGUUUCUCAAAUUGUACAAUAAAUCAAAAACAGGUCAGUCAAGAACCUCUUAAGUUCCUUCAUCACCAAUAUGACUUGAGAUAUGUUGAUUUUUCCUACAACAAGUUCAACGGAACAGUACCAUUUUGGUUGUUAGAGAACAACACAAAAUUAGAAGCACUCUUCUUGAUGGGCAAUUCUUUUACGGGUCGCCUCCUGUUCCCACCAAUUCCUCAUCCUGAUGUCUCUUCAAUUGACUUAUCUAAUAACAAAAUACAAGCUCAAAUUCCAGCAGAUAUAUGUUCAACUUUUCCUCAUUUAGAAAGGUUAUUAUUAUCUAUGAAUACCUUCAAAGGUAAUAUCCCUCCUUGUUUAGGUGGUAUGAGCCAUUUAUCAUUGUUAGACCUAUCAACUAAUCAAUUGUCUGGAGGAGUACCGGAAGAGUUAAGUAUGAGUAGCUCACUGAGGAUUUUGAGGCUAUCAAAUAACAACCUAACUGGAAAGAUUGUUCCAACAAUCUUCAAUUCAAAUUUGUUAUUAGAAUUAUAUUUGGAUGGGAAUAACUUUGUUGGAGAGAUACCCGAUAUUGAUAGCUUUAAUGCUGGCUUUGCUUAUUUUUUAUCUGAAAUUGAUCUAAGUAAUAACAAUUUGUCUGGCAAGCUUCCAAGAUGGAUAUGGAAUAUGUCAAAUUUGAGGAUACUGGCUUUGUCCAACAAUCACUUUGAGGGCUUCAUUCCAAUGGAAUUGUGCAACCUGGACCUACUUCAAUUUUUGGACCUCUCCCAAAAUAAUUUUUCUGGCAAUAUACCAUCUUGUUUCAAUCCACCAUAUAUACAGCAUGUCCACAUGAGCAGAAACAGACUAAGUGGUCCACUAACACGUUCUUUGUAUAACAGCUCUUCGUUAGUGACUUUUGAUCUUACAGCAAACAACUUGACUGGCAACAUUCCAGAAUGGAUUAACACUCUUUCAGGUUUAAGUGUUCUUCUUUUGAAAGCUAAUCACCUUGAAGGAAGAAUCCCGGUUCAGUUAUGCGAAUUGUAUUCCUUGAGCAUCAUAGAUCUUUCUCAAAAUAAGCUUUCUGGUGUUAUACCUUCUUGUUUGGGUAAUUUAACUGUUGGAAGUUAUGACAAGUCUUAUAUAUUUGGAGGUAAUUAUUAUUUUUCAGAGCAGGAUAUACAAAAAUACAUCGGGAUGGAAAUGAACAUGGAUCAAUCAGUACAAUCACAUUCGUCUUAUCCAAGCUACAUGAAAGAAUGGAUAGAGUUUACAACAAAGAGGGGGUCCUAUAGAUAUGGAGGUGACAUUCUUGACCACAUGUCUGGGAUUGAUUUAUCUUGCAACAAGUUAACCGGCCGAAUCCCAUUUCAAUUGGGAAAUUUGAGUGAAAUCCAUUCAUUAAACUUUUCACACAAUAAAUUGAUUGGAAUUAUACCCUCAUCAUUUUCAAAUCUUAAACAGAUUGAGAGCUUAGACCUUUCUUACAACAACUUGAGUGGUAGAAUCCCCGUCCAACUAGUUGAGUUGAACUUUCUAGAGGUUUUUAGCGUGGCGCACAACCACUUGUCAGGUAAGACUCCAGAAAGAAAAGCUCAGUUUGGGACCUUUGAUGAAAGCAGUUAUGAGGGAAACCCUCUUCUUUGUGGACCUCCAUUGCAUAACAAUUGCUCUAAUACUGAUUCACCACCAACGGUAUCAACUGAAUCAGAUGAUGAAGGGGAAGACAAUUUGCUGGACAUGUCUGCUUGUGUGAGCUUUCUGAGUUCAUUUGCAGCUGUGUUAUUGGGAAUCUUUUCUAGUCUUUUCAUCAAUCCAUAUUGGCGAAAAACAUGGUUUUCUUUCAUUGAGGAUUGCAUCACUACUUGCCGCUUCUCAAUUGUGGGCAACGUUUUUGAGUUAUAUAUCUUCAGAAGAAACGCUUGGCUGUGAAAGCCUUAAUGCUUUGUGUUGUUGCGGGUUGUGGACAUUUUGCUUCGUUCUGUUGAUUUGAAGGAAAAGUCAGGUGGCUGCUGUAAUGUAAGCUUAUUUGCAUUGUUUGAUUCCGGUGCUUUCAUCUGUUGGGCUUUAUUCUGCUUGCAUCCAGUUUUUCUCUGUUUUCUCUUUCUUCCAUGGUGGCUUUCACAGGAUUAAGGUUGUCUCUUUGUCUUCCCCAUCUCACUCUGUUUAUGUUCUUUAAAUUGGGUGCUUAGCUGUCAGUAACUCAUUGUGAGGGAUUGUUCUUAUCAAGGUAUUUCAGUUUGUACUGGUGUGUGGACAGGGGUUUCUCUCCAUAUUCUCACUGUUUAGCUGCCAUGAGAACCCGUAAGAUUUUCUAUUUUUGGCUUUCUUAUCUGUUCUGCUUUGAAGGAAGCUUGUAACCUUGUGUCUUGAACAUAGGAAUCAAUAUAUGUUCGA